UUUCCGUCCCUCUUUUAUCUUGUUUUAAUCGAACAGGAAAGAGCCAGACUUCUCAGAGGUCAGUCUGUUCAGCAAGUGGGACCCCAGGGCCUUCUGUAUGUUCAGCAAAGAGAGCUUGCAGCGGCCUCCCCGCAGGAUGGCUCCAUCUCCAUCCUGGGUUCUGACGAUGCCACCACCUGUCACAUUGUGGUCCUGAGGCACACAGGUAACGGGGCCACCUGCCUGACCCACUGUGACGGAAGUGACACCAAAGCAGAGGUCCCCCUGAUCAUGAGCUCCAUCAAAUCCUUCUCCGACCACGCUCCGUGUGGAAGGCUGGAAGUGCACCUCGUGGGAGGCUUCAGUGAUGACAGGCAGUUGUCACAAAAACUUACUCAUCAGCUUCUUAGUGAAUUUGACAGACAAGAAGAUGACAUUCACUUAGUGACGUUGUGUGUGACAGAACUAAAUGACCGGGAAGAAAACGAAAAGCACUUUCCAAUCAUCUAUGGCAUCGCGGUCAACAUUAAAACUGCAGAGAUUUACAGAGCCUCCUUCCCAGACCGAGGCCCGGAGGAGGAGCUGCGUGCCGCCCGAGCUCUGACAGGAGGCCCAAUGAUUAGUAUUUACGACGCAAAGACAGAACAACUCCGUAUAGGACCGUACUCCUGGAUGCCAUUUCCACAUGUGGAUUUCUGGCUGCAGCAAGAUGAUAAGCAAAUACUAGAGAACCUCUCCACUUCACCUCUGGCUGAGCCACCCCACUUUGUCGAACAUAUUAGAUCUACCUUGAUGUUCUUAAAAAAACACCCAUCUCCAACCAACGCACUGUUUCCCGGAAACAAGGCUCUCCUCUACAAAAAAAAUGAAGAUGGCUUAUGGGAAAAGAUCCCUUCUCCAGGAAGCUAAACACGGGCAUCACCAAAGAGCAACUUUUGGCCUGAGAGGCACCACCAUGGGGACCGUGGGGCCUGGAAAGAAUACGAACCAGAAUCCGCAUCCGCUGAAUCUUACGUCUCCUUCCUUACUGUCCUUCAGAUGACUUUAAAAAUAAAAUCUUAUUUUCGCGAA